GAGAGGGGAGCCAACACAAGCACAGGCCCGCUAAACACCUCAGACCAAGUUCACAGGUUAUGAGGCUAGCACGGAGGAAGAGCUUCAGCUGAGAGAGAAUGAGCAGCAACCGCGGGAGGAAGCCGGAGCACCCAGAGAGAACCCGAGCAUGCGCAGGGCGGGCGUGCAAACCCCACACCGACGGGCCUCAUCCGGGAUUUGAACCAGGAACCCUUUUGCUGGAGGGGGGUCAGUGCGCGGACAUGGCGAUGGUGUGCCUCACGGACUUCGAGGAGUACGCGAAGGAGCAUCUCUCGAAGGCCACCUGGGAUUAUUACGCGGCCGGGGCCGACGAGUGCUGCACCAGAGACGACAACCUGCUGGCCUACAAGAGGAUCCGUCUGCGGCCUCGUAUCCUGAGGGACGUUUCGGUGAGCGACACGCGCACCACCGUGCAGGGGACGGAGAUCAGCUUCCCGGUGGGCAUCGCCCCCACGGCCUUCCACUGCCUGGCCUGGUACGAGGGAGAGGUAGCCACCGCCCGAGCCACGGAGGCCCUGAACACGGUCUACAUCACCAGCACCUACUCCACCUGCUCGGUGGAGGAGAUCGUGGCGGCGGCGCCCGGCGGCCCCCGCUGGUUCCAGCUGUACGUGUACCGGGACCGGCAGCUGUCGGAGCAGCUGGUGCAGCGCGUGGAGGCGCUGGGCUACCGGGCGCUGGUGCUCACCGUGGACGUGCCCUACACGGGCAAGCGCCGCAACGACAUCCGCAACCAGUUCAAGCUGCCGCCGCACCUCAAAGUCAAGAACUUCGACGGAAUGCUGCAGCAGGACAAUGCCGUCCCGGAGGAGUACGGGGUGCCGGCCAACACUCUGGACCCCUCCAUCAGCUGGAAGGACGUCUACUGGCUGCAGUCCAUCAGCCGCCUGCCCAUCAUCAUCAAGGGCAUCCUGACCAAGGAGGACGCCGAGCUGGCCGUGGAGCACGGCGUCCAGGGCAUCAUCGUGUCCAACCACGGGGGCCGGCAGCUGGACGGGGGCCCGGCCUCGAUUGAUGCACUGGCAGAGAUUGUGGACACAGUCCAGGGCAGGAUUGAGGUCUACGUGGACGGAGGGAUCCGAACGGGGAGCGACGUGCUGAAAGCUUUAGCCUUGGGAGCCAAGUGUGUGUUCAUUGGCCGCCCGGUGGUGUGGGGCCUUGCGUACAAGGGGGAGGAAGGAGUGAAGGAGGUGCUCCAGAUCCUGAACGACGAGUUCCGUCUGUCCAUGGCUUUAUCCGGCUGCAGGAACGUAGCUGAGAUCAACAGGAACCUGAUCCAGUUCUCCAGACUCUGACUCGCCAGCAGAGGGAGAUUUGACCAAAAAAGAGGCUCAAUUUUGAGAUGAUUACAGUCAUACCAGAAGGUGCGUGUGAGGAAUAAAGCUGAGCCUGACUCAGACCAGAGAGCAGGAGUUCCAGAACGUCCCGGGAGGUUUGGUGGCAAAUUUAAUGGAAAUGUUUGGAUUUCGAAGUAGUACGGAUGGAUGCACCUAUUAUCACAUAACUAUUUGCUUUUGAUUUCCUUGUAAUGAAUAUACCGUGUAAUGACACACUGCCUGACAGUUUGAAUGCCAGUGCUUGAAUAAAUACAUACCUGCAAAAGGGAA